AUGAGCGACUGGGACACCGUCACCAAGAUUGGCAGCAAGGCCCGCGGCACCGGCACUGGCCCCCGCGAGACCGUUGUCAAGGGCAAGAGUGCCUUGAAUGCCGCCCAGCGCUCCGGUACUCUUAUUGGCACCGAGAAGAAGUAUACUACUGGAAACAUUGCCGCAAAGUCUGGCGCUCCCGAAGGCCAGCACUUGACCAAGGUCGACCGCAGUGACGACAUCAUUAAGCCCAAGACCGUCGGUACCCAGGUGGCCGAUGCCAUCAAGAAGCGCCGCAACGAUGAGGGCUACAAGAUGACCCAGAAGGAACUCGCCACCAAGUGCAACACCACCAUCACUGUCAUCCAGGACUUCGAGCGCGGCACUGCGGCGCCAGACCAGAAGGUCCUCGGUGCCAUGGAGCGCGUGCUCAACGUCAAGCUCCGCGGCAAUGGCAUCGGUCAAGAAAAGUUCCCCAAGAAGAAGUAA